AUACAACAGGUGGCUACACCGUGUGUUUUGGGAACCUGCAGCCCUGUAACAGUGAGCGAGGAAACGCGGCCUGAGUGUGACCAUAAUGUAGACCGCAGCUCCAGGAAUGACGACACGGGUGUUACCGUCACAACAAAACCAACAAACCUGUUCUGUGAAGAUACGGUGGAAGACAAACAAGGAGAAGCCGCUGGCAAAACAAACGGGAAUUGUGGUGACAAUGUCAACUAUAACGACGACGUUAAAGUAUGCGCUGGUGCAUCUAAUGCUGCGGGACAAGGUAGCGACAAUGAGGUAGAUACAAGCUCUGUGAAUUCAAGUUCAACUGGAGAAAUCCCCGAUAAAACAACUUUGAAACUGAAUUUGGAUUUCCCGACCGAUAAAACGAUGUCGUUGGACCGGAACUCGUUUAGUUCGCCGGAUAUUGGUUUGCUGCAUAAUCUUGUGACGAAAGAAAAGGGUUGUCGGUGUAACGGCGAGAAAUCUGAACUACCUUAUGGAAAUAGCGCAGAAACUAAUGCAGACAACGCGGUCGUAAGGUCUGGUUUAAAACGCUUGUUUCAAAUUGCCGUUUCUACGGUAGACGGGCAAAGGCGGCCAGGCGCAAAAAUAAAGGAUGUUUUGGACCUUCUUGAAAGCAAAGGCAUCCGACUCUCGGAUCCGAGAAUGCGCGAAACUUUCCGAAGAAUCGACGCAGAACCGAAAGGAGCCGAGUCCGAACUAACAAUAGAAACAUUCAGCAGAAUUUGUUCUCCGUCCUUUCACUUUAUACGCGGGGUUCUCCUUAGUCAACUCACUAUACCCGGGAUGAGCAUAUUCAAACUUCGAAUGGAAAGAAUAUUUGAUAAAAUAAAGAAGAUACUUCAACAACAGCCCCACCAACCAACCGGUUCUAUCGAUCCAUUCUCAAACUAUAACGUAAUGAUGCGGAGAAGGAAAUCUCACCACACGGUGUCGCUAGCACUAUGCACGGUGGACGGACAGAGACUUUCUUUUGGGGACAAAGAAACACCUCACCCAUUAAACGCGUGCGCCACCAUGUUCAACUACUGCCUUGCCCACGCCCAGAACGGCCCUGAGGUGAUGUUGCAUUAUUUGGGGAAAGAACCAAAGCCAGAAGAUAAGGGGGAAUUAACCUUUAACAGCGACGGCAAAGUUUGGAACCCCCUCACUAAAUCCGGUGCGUUCAUGACCUCGUGUUUAGUAUUCCGCGAGAUGGCGGUGGAGGAACGACUCGAUGCUCUGCACGCUUUCUACGAUACCCUGAGUGGCCACGAACCGCUUUGCUGUGACAAUCUUAGUUACAAUUUCAAGCGAAGUUACGCCCACGAAGAAAUAGGAGCCGCAUAUAACCUUAGUUCAACACAGCGAUUACCAAGAGGAACAUCAGAGUUUAUCGCUGAAGCGCUUGACUUCCACUUCCAGUCAUCUUCAACUGCUAUGACAUCGGACGCUUGUGCCGUCAGUGCUGCUACGCUAGCUAACAACGGCAUCUGCCCGCUAACAGGGCGGGUAGUUGUUCAGCAAUCGUCAGUAGAAGCAACAUUACAUACAAUGCGGACGUGUGAACCCGAUAUACAUGCCCAAGCUGGUGAACGGUUACAAGGUGUAGCAGGAGGCUGGAGCGAAAACGGCAGCAUUAUGUUAGUGGUCCCUGGUGUGGUUGGGAUCACCUGUUUCACUCACUGUCAGUCGUUACACACAAUCAAGCAAGUGGUGCGCUGUUUAUUCGAGGUAAACUUGUGUUUGUGGGUUUAGAAGUUGUCAAUAAAGCUCGUCGCUGCUACCAUUGUGGGCGUAUGUGUCCUUGAGCAAGACACUUAACG